AUGAGAGAGACUGACGUCGAGCAGGUCAAGUGCACCGGCGGCCCGGAGCCGUGUGAGAACUGCCGCCGGCUGAGCCUCGGCUGCACGUUCACCUACUCGGAGGCCUCCGUCACGCCCGACAUGGGCGAUCCACACGCCCUCGUGCCCCCGUCGGAGACUCUCACAGAAGCCGGGACCAGACGCCGGCGCAUCGCGGCCGCGUGCAUAGAGUGUCGGAACCAGAAGGCCAAGUGCUCCGGCCAUCGCCCGCAGUGCUAUCACUGCAACCGACGGAGCCUCGCCUGCGUGUAUCCGUCGUCGUCGCAGUCGAAACGUAAGAACAGACAGGCCGGUCAUCAUCAACAACAUCAUCAACAACAGCCGCAACAGUCGACCUCCCCGGAGUCGAUCAGUAGCACCGUCGUCAGCCAGAGCGCCCCUUGCGAGGCCGGAUCGAGACUCCAGCGCAUCCGGCCGUCGCUGAACACGGCGCUGGACCACUCGCUGCUCAGCACCGACGUCGUCCGCCAGCACCUCGAGGCAUACUUCGACCACGUCUACCCGAUCGGCCACGACUUCUUCCACCGGCCGUCGAUGAUGGAGGAGUUCUACGCCGGCAAGCUGCCGCCCAUCCUGUGCACGUCCGUCUGCGCCACGGCCGCCAUGUUCGUGUCCCGGUCCCGCGAAUCGCGCGUGCUGUCGGUCCAGUGGGCCAAGGAGGUCGAGGCUUACAUCUUUGCGAACCUGAACGUCUUCAAGGUGCUCAACAUCCAGCUCAUGAUCCUGUCCAUGUUCCAGAACUUCGCCUACAGGCAGUUCGGCAAGAUGUGGCUGAUGAUCAGCAUGGCCGCGCGGCUGGCUGUGUCAUUCCAGCUGAACGAUGAGAGACAGCACCCCCACCCCCCUCCUGACAACGACACGGCCACGCUCAUCAAGCGUGAGUGCGAGCGGCGGUUGGUUUGGCAUGUGUGGAGCAUGGACAAGAUACUUUCAGCAGGCCUCGAUGAGUUCACCGCGCUGCCGAACCGCUGGAUGAGAGUCUCGCUACCAAACUCGGAGCAUGCCUUCUGUCACGGUCUGCUGAAGCCGACAAGCAAGCUCGACGAUGGCGUGGAAGCGCUGGCGUCUCAUGAGGCCGGGCCCAACUCAUACCUCAUCAUGCUUUUGCCGCUCCGGUGUGAGGUACUCAAAUCUACGAAAGGGAUCGUCCUAGACAGCCACUCGGACUCGUCCCCAGCUGCGGUGGCCAAGGCCGUCGCCGUUAUGAAGAACUUGCAGCAGCGGCUCAUCAACUUCCUCAGAAACAUGCCCAAGCACCUCCAGCUCAGCGAGCUUAACAUGUUCUCCCACUCCACCACGUCCGAGUUCUCGUCCUACCUCACCCUUAACUCGUGGUACCUCCAGUGCUGCAGCGACCUGUACCGCGUCGCCCUGCCGGCCCCUUACCGCGAGAGCGCCGCCCCGCGCUUCCUCGCCAACGCGCCGCCGGACCUCGUGGCCGAGUGGCGCGCCCUGGCCGUGUCCCACGCGCUGCGGCAGGCCAGGCUGUGGGAGCACGUGCAGAACCUCCGGGCCAAGGGAGCACUCCAGUCGAAGCAGACGCGCAUCCCGCUCCGGCUCGGGUACGGCAGCAUGGUGCACCAGUGCACCAAGACGCUCCUCACGGCGCGCCGGUGCGGGCUCUACGACGGCUUGACGGACCCCGUCACCGGCGACGCGGUCGGGCUCGACGACGACGCCGUGCAGGCGCUCUGCCGGAGCAAUGUCGCCCUGCUGGACGAGAUGGCCAGGAUCGCGCCCGUCGUCGCUGUGCUGCAGCAGGACGUCGACAAGAUGGUGAAGGCGGACGGGGACCGGAGGCGGCAGGACGACGCCGAGGCCCAGGAGCAUGCUCCCGUGAGCAGCGAGGUGCAGCGGAGCAACCUCCUCAGCAGAUACCAUCCGCUCUCGCAGAGUUUCGACAGCAACGCCGAGACGGCCGACGAGGUCGCGCUCCAGCACUCGGACCCGCCGCAGCCGUCUUCUGCCCGGGCAUCGGAUACGAGCCCGGCAGACGUGGAGAUGGCCGAGCUCGCCGGCGGCAAAGACACUGGGGGGACAACGACGGCGGUGCCGCGGGAGUCGUCUCACCCGGUCCAGGCCCCUGAGGAUAUAUACCCGGCUUCCCUGGCGAGCGCCGCCGGGCUGAACGACAUCGGGUCGGCUUUCGACGGGCCGCUUACGUGGUCCGGGUUUGCAGAGAACCAACUGGCCUCCGAUUACUUCGUGGCGCCGUCGCAGUUCGACAUGAGCGGUGAGCUGAGUUGGUUCCUGUCGGGCUACAUGGAUCCAGACCCGGCCAGCGUCUAG